AUGUAUGCAGCGUGGCACGGCUGGGCCAUCCCGAUGUUCCUGUUCCUCGCCAUCGUCCGCCUCUCUUUAAAUUAUCUCAUCGCCAGGGCCAAAGUGUUUCGGGGAAAGAAGGUCCUUGGUGACUACGACAUCAAAGUGGAGCAGGCCGAGUUUUCAGAGGUGAACCUCGUCUCUUAUUCAAAUGGAAACUGUAGCGUGGACAUGCAAGUCAUCCGGGGCGGGACCAAAGUGGUCAGGACUUUCAGGCCUGACUUCGUCUUGGUGCGCCAGCACGCCUUCAGCAUGGCCCAGAACGAGGAUUUUAGAAACCUGAUCAUUGGUCUGCAGUAUGCGGGCAUCCCCUCGGUCAACUCUCUGGAUUCCAUCUACAACCUCUGUGACAAACCUUGGGCUUUCUCCCAGCUGACCAAUAACCAGAAGAAGCUGGGUUCAGAUAAGAUCCCUCUCAUUGAUCAGACUUUCUACCCCAACUACAAAGACAUGAUUGCAUCUCCAAGUUUCCCAGUGGUGGUGAAGAUAGGACACGCCCACUCUGGAAUGGGAAAGGUCAAAGUGGACAAUAUGAGUGAUUUCCAGGACAUUGCCAGUGUGGUGGCCAUCACUCAGACCUACUGCACCACGGAGCCAUUUAUAGAUGCCAAAUACGACAUCAGGGUCCAGAAAAUCGGCGCUGACUACAAAGCAUACAUGCGAACAUCCAUCUCUGGUAAUUGGAAGAGCAACACCGGAUCUGCCAUGUUGGAACAAGUAGCCAUGACUGACAAGUAUAAACUGUGGGUUGAUGCCUGCUCAGAGAUCUUCGGAGGGCUGGAUAUUUGUGCCGUCAAAGCCAUCUGUGGCAAGGAUGGUAAUGACUACAUUACUGAGGUUGUGGGUUCUUCUAUGCAGCUAAUCGGUGACCACCAGGCAGAGGACCGUCAGCUCAUCUCAGACGUGGUGCUGGCGAAGAUGAACCAAGCCCUGGUCACAAGGUCAUCUAGUGCUUCCCGCUCUCCGGCUCGCUCCCCUCAGGGCCAGAAGCCGACUACUGUGCAGCCCCAACAGAGCGCUGCCCCUAAGGAGGGACUGCCAGAUCCAAACAAGACCUCGGGCCAGCGCCCUCAACCUCAAGGUGCACCAGUGAAAGCACAGAGUGUGGAUACACCGUCAGAGUCGGCAAAGAGAGUGUCUGAACCGGUACCAAAGCCCAGUCAGGCCCAGAAACCUAGCCCAGGGCCAGUUCAGAAAGCAGCUCAGGCUCAGAAGGCCCCGGUCCAGAGGGCCGCCUCGGUCACAAGGCCUCCAGUGCAGAGGCCUCCUCCCCCAAUGCUGAAAGCCACUUCUGUCGCAAAGUCAGCCCCAGAUUCUUCCUCUACCCCAGCCAAAGCUUCACCACCAUCCCCAGCUAGAGCAGCCGCUCCACGCUCUCCUCCAACCAAAGUAGCAGCACCAGUCCGAGCCCCAGCCCCAGUCCCAGCACCAGCUCCAGCACCUGCCACUGCUACUGCCCCAGCCCCUGCCCCAGCCUCCCCCUCAGCCUCAGCUCCUACCACAGAGCAGCCCAAGCCCCAGCCUCAGGGCUCCCCAUCCCCAGCUCCUGGCAAACCAAAAGAGCUGCCACCCAAACCCACACCACCUGCAAAGCCAAUCCCUCCAAUUCGCAGGAAUUCAAAGCCGCAGAUCCAGCCAAAGCCACAAACCCCGCCCCCUGUCAAAGCUUUACCUAAACCCCAGCCCGCUGCCCCAGCAGAUGCCUCCGCAGCCCCUGCCCCAGCACAGGUUCAGUCCCCUCCUCAGGCAGAGUCUACGGCUAAGGCUCAGCCACAGGCCAUGCCGGCCUCUCCUUCCCAAAACCCAGAGCCUGUCCCAGCUGAAGAUGCAGAGGCCCCUGCUGAGGGUGAGGCCGCUGUGGACGAACAACCAGGAUCCCAGCCAAAAACCCACCCUCUUCUGAAUAAGUCCCAGUCCCUGACCAAUGCCUUCAACGCCUUCAGCGACUCCUCUUUCUUCCGCGGGGCCCCGAGCACCGGAGGUGACGGCCAAGACGAGGAAAAGGCUGAGACCAUUCGCAAUCUCCGAAAGUCCUUCGCCAGCCUUUUCUCUGACUAGACACAGCCAAACUGUAGUCAGCCCCUUUUGGAUCCUGGCCCCCCCCUUUUACUGUUGGCCAGUGAUGACUUGAUUGAUAUUAAAUGUGAACAAGUCUGAGAUUAAACUUUGUGUGUUAACUGUACUGUAUCCCCUCUGUCCUGGUACCCUCCUCUUCCCCACUUUCAAAUACUCUGUGUGAGUGACAGUGAGGCCUGCUGGGUAGGAUAUUCAGAGAAUGAUGCUUUGCCAGAAUUAUUGGACUGAAGGAGUUACGUCAUUGAUAUAGAAUUAUAGAAGAUAUAGAAGAAGUAUAGAAUAACAACAUAUUUAUUUUUCCCAGAGCAAACUUUAAGGAACUGUAUCUGAAGUACAUAAAAAGAUAAUUAGAGACUACAGACAAAAUGUACAUACAGUAUAUAUAUAAAUAUAUAUAAAUAUAAAGUAAAUGAAUACAAAUAUAUAUCACUUUAAAGGGAGAUAAGCCACUUAUAGGAAAUAAAUAGUGAAAUAUUUUCACUUAGCUUUUGUCAGUGACAUAACUCUUUCAUUAAGUGGCUGGGUUCAUACACAUUAUGAAAAAUGAUUUUUGACGUUUUAUGGUUUCCCCCACAGUGAAUACGUUUUGGUCAGUAAGUGAAAGUAUGUGAGUAAAAAAGAAAAAAAACGACUGGGGAUUUUUUGAUGGGUAAAUCAAGCUGUUGUAUCUCUUGGCAAAAUGACUAAUGGGCUCGUCAUUGCUGCCCCCUUUUCGUCUAAAUGCCUUGAAGUUCAAUGUCAUGUUAGGGAGUCCGAAAUAUGUGUUCAUCCGUGUUCAAUUGUUAUGCAUGGCUCCUCCAAUGGCUCAGUGUGACUUUUGGAGAAGAAGGUGAACUCUAUCAUUGUUGAGCCCUACGUUGCCUCUCUCUCUCUCUCUCUCUCUCUAGAUGUUGUAGCUUUAUUGUGAACAUGUUUUCAAUUCAGCUACGUUUGUUAGCUGGGCAGACCUGGGUCGAUUACAAAUUGAGAUUCAUUCCUUCACUUCAAGUGUUUGAUUAAGUAUUACAGGCAGGAUUUAUUGCCAAUGGUUUGAGAAUAUUGGUGACUGAACAAUCAACCCUGAUAAGUAACUGAAUGCAUUUCAAAGAGUAAAAAGACACAUCUGUAGCUGUGACUGGUGAUUUCUUGUUUCACCUCUGUGUAGAUCUAUCAACAGUAUUGUAAUUUGUUGAUUAUUCUCAUGAAGACAUUGAGACAGUAGUGCAAUAACACCUCAACUUAACUGUUGAGUGCUGUCACCCUAAUAUAAAUAUAAAUACAUACAGGAUAUGUGUAUCUGUUACCUUACUCUUACAUUCCCUUUAAGAUUCCUUUCAAUCACAACUUUCCAGGUUGCUUUUUACCGCAGACAUUUCACUGGUUUUCAGAUGAAUAUGCCAUGUUUAACUGUUGGUUUCUGUGAUUAAUCCUUUUUGUGUUGUGGGACUGAAUUUAAGGCAACCUGGAUUGAAACCAGUGCGAUGACUGGUCAUUUUCAGCUCAGUUGCUGCAUUUCAAGAUCAUAUGUGUACAAAAAAAGAAAAAAAAUCUCAAAACUUAAGAUCCGCUAAUCAACCUGUCUGAUGAUCCAUUUCCAGUACUAUGUGGCAAGUCAUUUAACACAUAUUGUAUUUGUAUGUAAGUGUCAUCUCAGGAGUUUAUUUUUUGUAAUAUAUUGAUUGAUUUAUAUUUUUGAGGCUCCAUAUUUAUGGUAAAGUAUAUAUUGUUUGUUUUGUAUUGUUUUUAUUCGUAAUACAAUACUGCUUUGCAUGAUCUGGUGACUGAUGAUGUUUUUUUCUGUACAGAUAAAAGUUAAUAAAGAUGUGGUUCCAUCAUUCCACUAAUUCAUGAAAUACAA